AUGGCAACGAAAAGUUUGAUUGAGAGGGAGAAGAAGAGGCAAAAAUUGGAACAAAAAUAUCAUUUGAUUCGAAGAUCUCUAAAAAAAGAAAUAAGCAAAGCUCAGUCGUUAAGUGAGAAAUGGGAAAUUCAGGGAAAGUUAGAAGCACUACCGCGUAAUAGUGCACCUACACGUCUUCGUCGACGUUGUUUUUCGACCGGAAGACCGAGAGCUAAUUAUCGAGACUUUGGAUUAUCUAGACACAUACUUCGUGAAAUGGUUCACGAAGGUUUGUUGCCCGGUGCAACAAGAUCGAGUUGGUAA